UUUUUAAUAUAAUCAACACAAAUCUUUCUUCGAAUUUAGCAGCUACUCUGGCAUCUUCAUUUCCCAUUCCAGAUCCAAUUAUUGAAUUCCAGCUUCUCCAGAUCUCUGCAUCAACGCUCUGUUUCUUUGUGAUCUCGUAUACUAUACUGCGGCGGUGAGGCCGUUAAGAGUGUGUAAAAUUCGACACAGCUGGAUCUGAUUGAGCUUUCUCGGAGCUUCAAAACGGAUCCAAUCAUGAACCCCUUCUCCUCCGGCACUCGCCUGAGGGAUAUGAUUCGGGCUAUACGUGCUUGCAAAACUGCUGCAGAGGAACGUGCUGUUGUUAGAAAAGAAUGUGCUUCUAUUCGAGCUUCUAUAAGUGAAAAUGACCAAGAUUAUAUGCAUCGCAAUUUGGCGAAGCUCAUGUUCAUACACAUGCUUGGUUACCCAACACAUUUUGGUCAAAUGGAAUGUUUAAAAUUAAUUGCUUCUCCAGGAUUCCCAGAGAAAAGAAUAGGCUAUCUUGGUCUAAUGUUGCUCCUUGAUGAAAGACAAGAAGUUUUGAUGCUUGUUACGAAUUCCAUAAAACAAGAUCUAAAUCAUACCAACCAAUAUAUUGUUGGACUUGCUCUUUGUGCUUUGGGUAAUAUCUGCUCUGCAGAAAUGGCUCGUGAUCUUGCACCAGAAGUCGAAAGAUUGCUUCAAUUCAGAGAUCCUAACAUCAGGAAGAAAGCAGCACUAUGCACAAUAAGGAUAAUCAAGAAAGUGCCGGACCUGGCUGAGAAUUUUAUAAAUGCUGCUGCUGCCUUACUUAAAGAAAAGCACCAUGGAGUUUUAAUAACUGGUGUGCAGCUUUGCACAGAUAUGUGUAAAGUCAGUACAGAGGCUCAUGAACAUUUUAGAAAGAAAUGCAUAGAUGGUGUGGUCAAACUUCUACGGGAUCUUGCAAACAGUCCAUAUGCACCCGAGUAUGAUAUUUCUGGGAUCACAGAUCCUUUACUUCAUAUUAGAUUGCUCAGGCUUUUGAAUGUGUUGGGCCAAGGAGAUGCUGAUGCUAGCGAUACUAUGAAUGAUGUCCUUGCCCAGGUGGCUACAAAGACCGAGACAAAUAAAAAUGCAGGCAAUGCCAUACUCUAUGAAUGUGUUGCUACAAUCAUGAAUAUUGAAGAUAAUGGUGGAUUACGCGUGCUUGCUGUCAAUAUUCUGGGAAGGUUUUUGUCCAGCCGUGACAACAAUAUUAGAUACGUAGCAUUGAACAUGCUGAUGAAAGCUAUUUCAUUAGAUAGUCAAGCAGUACAGAGGCAUCGUGCAACAAUUUUAGAAUGUGUAAAGGAUCCAGAUGCUUCAAUCCGUAAAAGGGCCCUGGAGCUUGUUUAUCUUCUGGUAAAUGAAAGCAAUGCAAAGUCUUUGACCAAGGAGCUUGUUGACUAUCUUGAAGUAAGUGACCCGGAGUUCAAGGGAGAUCUGACGGCGAAAAUAUGCUCAAUUGUGGAGAAGUUUUCCCCUGAAAAAUUGUGGUAUAUUGAUCAGAUGGUGAAGGUUCUGUCAGAGGCUGGAAACUAUGUAAAGGAUGAAGUUUGGCAUGCACUUAUUGUCGUUCUUACUAAUGCUCCUAACCUACAUGGAUAUACUGUUAGAGCUCUAUACAAGGCUGUUCAAAAAUCAAGUGAACAGGAAACACUUGUUCGAGUUGCCGUGUGGUGCAUUGGUGAAUAUGGGGAAAUGUUGGUGGGUAAUGUUGGUAUGCUUGAUGUUGAGGAUCCCAUAACUGUAACUGAAGCUGAAGCUGUGGAUCUUGUAGAAACUGCAAUUAAGCUCCAUUCUUCGGAUCUCACAACUCAAGCAAUGUGUUUGAUCGCAUUGUUAAAGCUAUCAAGUCGAUAUCCUUCCUGUGCAAAGAGGAUAAAUGACAUUGUCCUUCAUCAGAAGGGAAGCCUUGUGCUUGAGUUGCAACAAAGAGCCAUUGAAUUCAACUCUAUUAUUGAGAAGCAUGGGAAAAUUAGAUCUGCAUUGGUGGAAAGGAUGCCGGUGCUUGAUGAGGCAACUUAUAGUGGGAGGAGGGCUGGUCCUGUACCAGCUGCGGUUUCAACUUCAUUAGGAACUCAACCGAAAAUGUCAAAUGGUGUUGCUAAACCCACUUCAGCUCCUCUUGUUGAUUUACUUGAUCUUAGCUCUGAUGACGUUCAAGCACCAAGCUCUUCUGGUGGAGAUUUUCUUCAUGAUCUUCUUGGUGUUGAUCUGUCUCCAGCUUCCCCAGGAACUAUUAAUAAGGCCCCAAAGAAUGGAACAGAUGCAUUGCUAGACCUUUUAUCUGUUGGAGCUCCUACAGCACAAAGUAGUUCUUCCAUGCUUGAUAUGUUAUCAUCUGAACAAGAUAACAAAAGGUCUGAGGGUCUGCUAGACAAUUUUGCAUCCCUUUCUACAUCUUCAGCACACUCCUCUUCAGCUGUUUCAAGUUCUUCAAUGAUGGAUUUGUUGGAUGGAUUUGGAACCAGCUCGUCUGUUCCUGUUGCAGAAACAAGUGGCCCAUCCUAUCCAUCAGUUGUUGCAUUUGAGAGCGGCUCGUUAAAAGUAACUUUCAACUUUUCGAAAGAGCCUGGAAAUCCUCAGACCACAACAAUUGAGGCUCAGUUUGUGAACAAGUCUCCUGAUAUCUACUCUAAUUUUGUAUUCCAGGCUGCUGUGCCAAAGUUUCUUCAAUUGCACUUGGAACCAGCCAGUGGCAGUACGCUUGGAGCAAGUGGUAAUGGAUCGAUCACGCAGAAGCUAAAAGUUUCAAACAGCCAGCAUGGCAAGAAAUCCCUGGUAAUGAGAGUAAGAAUAAACUACAAGGCCAACGGCAAAGAUGUUUUGGAGGAUGGUCAAAUAAGCAAUUUCCCCCAUGGUCUGUAGACUCAUGAUUCUGGAACGGGGAAGCACGAGUUUCAGAUGAAAAUGCUAAGAUAUGGUGGCAACUGGAGUACGAUGAUGUUGAACGACGGCCUGUCUUUGCCUCAUCACUACCUCCAGGAAAAGUUUCUUUCCUUUUUGACAAUCUUUUCGACGUAGUUGUAACCUUUGGGUGCAUACAUACUUAUUUGUAGUCCAGAUAUCUUAUUUGAAUGGAUUAUCGAUUGUAUUCAGGCUUUGUGUAAAUCUUGAAAGAGAGAAGUGAAUCUACAUUUGUUUUUUUGUUAA